ACAGGCGGCUGGAGCGGCGCUAGUCUCCCCCCGCCUGGGCGGGACAACAGCACAGCGGCAGGAGAGGAAGAUGGCGGCGGCAGCAACAGCUGCAGCAACCGCCUCGGACCAGCAAAGUUCUAAUGGCCCCGUGAAGAAAUCUAUGCGUGAGAAGGCUGUGGAGCGGAGAAACGUUAAUAAAGAACACAACAGUAACUUUAAGGCUGGAUAUAUCCCAAUUGAUGAAGACCGUCUCCAUAAAACAGGCUUACGAGGCAGGAAAGGCAACUUGGCUAUUUGUGUGAUUGUUCUUCUUUUUAUUUUAGCUGUCAUCAAUUUGAUUAUCACACUUGUCAUCUGGGCUGUGAUUCGUAUUGGGCCCAAUGGUUGUGACAGCAUGGAGUUUCAUGAGAGCGGCUUACUGCGAUUUAAACAAGUAUCCGACAUGGGAGUUAUACAUCCAUUAUAUAAAAGUACAGUAGGAGGGAGGCGUAAUGAAGAUUUGGUUAUCACUGGAAAUAACCAGCCUAUUGUAUUUCAGCAAGGAACAACAAAACUUAGUGUUGAAAAGGAAAAAACCUCCAUUACCAGUGAUAUUGGUAUGGAAUUUAUUGACCCAAGGACACAAAAUACUUUGUUCAGCACAGACUAUGAGACUCAUGAGUUUCAUUUGCCAAAUGGAGUGAAAAUUUUGAAUGUACAGAAGGCAUCUACAGAGAGGAUUACCAGCAAUGCUACCAGUGACCUAAAUAUAAAGGUUGACGGACGUGCCAUUGUUCGUGGAAAUGAAGGUGUUUUCAUCAUGGGCAAAACCAUUGAGUUUCGCAUGGGUGGUGAUAUGGAACUAAAGGCAGAAAACAGCAUUAUCUUAAAUGGAACUGUGAUGCUCAGCACGUCUCGACUGCCAAGUUCUUAUGGGGAAAAGUUUAAUAAUGUUGACUGGCUGCGCUAUAAGCUCUGUAUGUGUGCAGAUGGAACUCUAUUUCGAGUUGAAGUAAAGACCCGCAACAUGGGUUGUCAAACCGCAGUUAACCCGUGUGGAACCACAGACUAAAUGCAAAGUACUGGGAUCAGAGCAAUCAUGAGAGUUCAUUUACGUUUUUACAUUUGUGUGUAUAAAACAAUUGCAUGCCAAUUAUUUCUGUUUUUACAACGGUUUAUUAUAAUAUUUAUUACAUAACAUUUUUAGCACAGCAGUAUUAGGUCUGUUGCAUAAUUUCAGUAUUUACAAUAGAGUAUUUACCAAAAUAAUGGGUCUGAUUUAGCAAGAUACUUAAGCACAUGCUUCAACACGCACACUUGUCAAGUACCUUGCUGAAUUGAGGCCAGUAAGAGAGAUUUACUGGGGGACUGAUCCUAUAAGAUACUGAGCACCUCCUUGCCUCUGAAGUGCUGUUUUACGUCCUCUCACCUCAGGACUCUGAGAAGUUGCUGGAAUCUGCAUGGAGUGAGGUGUAGAGUUGGGAGGAUGCACAUUGUUCCACCUUUGGCUCUGCAGAGAUUCCUUGGAAAAAGCAAUACAGUUUGCAGCUCUGUUACUUGUUCCAUAGAGCCUCUUUUUUGUUGUGCAGAUCAUUCUUUAAGAAGCGGACUUUGGGAUAACUGUGGUAAGAGGGACUCUCUGGCAACAUGGAGUCAUGCUUUGUGGCAGUGGUAGGAAACCAACCACAAAGGAAUAAUUGGGCUUUCCAGUUCUUUAGAGAUAAACCCUACAGGAAGGGGCCAAAAGGCAAUCUGGCUUCUUUUAUAUAGAUGUGUUAUGUGCUGAUUUUCAGCCCACCCUCAGCCAGACCUUCAUGAUUGCAACAGUAAUUAUUUAGAGUGCAGCAAAGGUCAGUCAUCUAAAUAACUGCUUUGUAGCGACAAUCUGUACCCGACAUCCAAGUAACCAUUUCUUCAUCUCCAAAUAGCCAUACUCACACUUCGGAUGCAAAAACAAAGGCUAGCUUUCAAAACUGUAGCCCUGUAAAUGCAGUGAAAUCUUUAUUCAAAUAGAUUCAGUUUUUAUUUGCAGUUGAUGCAUAUUGACUAUUGGAAUCUAAUAUGAACUCUUGACAAUUUUCUUUUGAUUAUUUUCAAUUAAUUAGAGACAAGCAUACGCUGACUUAUUUGAUCCUUAAGACAUUAAGAAAAAUCUGUGCCCAACAUUUUAGGCAGAACUGGGACAGUCAAUUAUUGUACUGUAUCUGCUUUGAUAUUUAGAAGCUUGUAUUCUACUUUGAAAACCCAUUUUUUAUUUUUUUUAUUUUUGGAGGGUAGCAAAACAGCAUGUAUUCAAAUACUUGAUCAUGUAGUAGUAAAUAUAAAAUGAAUGCAGAAAGCUGAACAAUAACUAUUCACAUAGAUAGAAACAAAAGUAACAAAUUCUUAAUGGGAAUCAAAGGAUAAUACAUUUUCUGGUUUCAGAGCACAUCUAUAAUUUGACUCAGUAAAGAUGGCAGCUGCUGCCCAACUGUUAAGAUAUGUAUUUUUUUUCUUUAGGAGAAUAAGUUGCUUCUUUGUAAGGAUGUGCCAUACUUUAUUCAACCAGAAGCUUAGAGAAGAAAUUGGGAAUUAAACUUUUAGGAAGCAAUAGAAAGCCAUUAAGUAGCUAUAAAAAAAAAUGGUGGAUGGAAUCAAUUCUGCUACUGGGAAUAGCAGUAUCAAUAGCAGGCCAAUGGAUGUAGAUGUAUGGGGAAAUCCCAUAUCAUACUAGCUUGCAUUUUGACCAUUUCCCAAAACAUUUAUGUGAUAUGCAGUCCUACCAUAUGUGAAUGAAAGCACCUACAACAGAAUCCUAUUUAAUUUCCAAUUGCUUCUGCUAUGCAUUUCAAUGUCUGUUUUUUAAAAAAAGAAAAAUUCUCUAGAUUCAGAAUUAUCGUGGAAAUGUAUUUCCAUACAUCAACAUUAGUUCACAGUUAUUGUUUCAGCAGAAUUAUUCAUUUUUUUUCAUGUUUGAAAUGUUUAGUUGGCAAUACUGAUAUUUGAAAUUUAUCAGAAGUAUUUCUUGAACUCCCAGCAUUUUAAUAUAUAAGUACCAGCCUAGUUAUGCUACAUUUUUAAAUUAUAUAAGGUAUUUAUAAUAUAUUUUAUUUAUGUUGCUGAAGUGAGGUGUUUCAAAGGUGUAUUGAUAUUAGUUUUCCUCUACUAUAUUAGGGGAACACAGUUUUUUCCUGGGUACCUUCAUAAAAGAUAUAUUCUAUGGUAUUCUACAGGUGAGGAUUCAAAACACUGUAAUAACACUACUGUAGGCCAUAGUGAUUGAGACCAUUACUUUUCUAAAUUAAAAAAAAAAAGUGUAGCUAUUUACAAUGACUAGAAAUAUAAAUUUGUUACUAAGUAAACUGGUAUUUAAAUUCUAAAAUGUUCUGUAGUUCUAAACAUGACAGUAAUCUAGGUCCCAAUUCUGCACUGUAUGGAAGCAUCUGCCUAAAUUUAACAUCAAUAGAAUAAAUACAUGCUUAAAAGUUAUGCAAGUUCUUGUGUAUCGUGAUGAAUUGGGGUCUUAAUGAAACCUUUGCACUUUGAGAAUGAUGGCAGCUUUUAUUAAAACCCUCUUAACUGUUUCUGGAGAGAGAAUAAUGUAUUACAAUGUAAAAACUAAACUUGCUAAUUAUAAGACUUUUAUACUUAUUACCGUUAGUUAGGAAUAGUGUUGUUUUCUAAAAGCCACUAGUGAUCUUAAUAAUGGAGGCCAUGUAAGUGAUUUCCUGUGAAUGGUUAUUAACAGGCUGUACUAGACAAUAAAUUUCUAGUACUAAUAGGUUUACAAAUGUUACACAUUAACUUCCCCACUGAAUGUGGUACUUAUGAAAAGAUAAAUAAAGUCUAAUCUAGUUUUAUUGGCUGACAGUGCUCAAAGGUGUGGUAGGCAUGUCACAAAAGACCGUCACAGACCUGCACUGGGCCCUGCUGUCAGUGGGACUCUGCAUGAAUGCAGGAGUGUACCUACAUGCAGGGCUGGCUCCAGGCACCAGCCGAGCAAGCUGGUGCUUGGGGUAGCAGAUUGUAGGAGGCGGAAUUCCGCCCAAUCCUAGGGUGGCACAGCCGCUUUUUUGUUUUUUUUGGUAUUUUGUUCCGCUCCGGCCGCCCCGUAGGGUGAAGCGGAGGACAGGAGUGCACUGCAGCAAGCCCGGCAGGGCAGUCCAUGUCCUUCCCUCCCAGCUGACUGGAGCAGCGCGAAGCCUUCCCGGCAGGCGGCAGGGGGUGUAGUGGGAGGGGCCACGUGGCCGCCCCCCUUCUCUCUCUCCCCCCGCUCCCUUCUCCUCCCCCCGCUAGCUGGGGCACAUCUGAAACGCAAGGAGUCCCCCUGCAUCCUGGCUCUGGCCACACAGGUUGUUUUUUGUUUUGUUUUUUUGGCUUGGGGCGCCCAAAAAGCCAGAGCUGGCCCUGCCUACAUGGAGCUGAUUGCAGGAUUGGGGCCUUAGUUUAGACAUGAUGCAACAACUGAGUGUGUCAAACAGGAGGGAGGAGAUGGUGUUAGGAGGUGAUGAAGGAUGGCAACAGCAAGAUGUUUAGUUUAAAAAAAAAAUUAAAGUAAUUGUCCCACUCACAUGGAAUAAAUGUUAACAUUUUGCACAUACACUGCACAUUUCAUUCAUGGAGCUUAAAUUGCUUUACAGAGGUGGAUAUUUGUUAUCCUUAUUAAUAUUCUUUAAAAUAUACAUUUCCCUGAAACAUACAAAUUCCUUUGCUGUGUUAGGUAUUGGUAUAUAGAACUUGUGUGUUCUCAACAUGCUCAACAUGGCAAAGAAACAAAAUGAAAAGCUUUUAGUAUUUUCACUCCAUAUUACUCAUGGCAGAUGGAUACUUUGUGGGCUUCAAUUUAUAGAAGUUUCAUUUUAAAAAGUUUUCAGUAGCACUUUCUAUCAAAGAGGUAUAUAAAAUCUGUAUGGGCGCAUUGUGGCCAUUAUAUGGUUAAUAUUAAUAACUUUGGCUAGCUAUGUGCAUGAUCACAUGACUGCAUACAGUACCUGGAUGUUGAGUUCUUCUCACUGAGGUACUAAAUGCAAACUGUGUUUGAAAGAACUUGUCUCAAAAACCUGUAAUAGUGUUAAAUUAUGUCUUUGGAUUUGUUUAAAAUGUCCAUUUGUAAUUUAAAGUUAGCAAAAAUAAUCCUUAUUCAUAUAAGGAUUAAUAUGUAUGGUGCUUGCUAAUUAUUUGUAAAUUUUCUUAAUAUAUUUGGUUGCCUUCCAUAAACUUUACAGAGAUUGAAAAAAUAUUGAUGCCAUAUACACCCUCUGUUGUGCAUUUAUUUGUGGUUUAAUUUCUAACUGCAUCCCUUUAUAUUUUCUGGUGUUUUUGUUUAAAGUCAAAGAUUUCUUGUGUGCUCCUGUAUUUAUUUAACUACUAGAUACUUUUGAGACUCUAGGAACAUUGAAGUACACACUACAUGCCUCUGUGUAAGAUAGUGUUAUGUACUUCCAAAAUCUCUUGUUCUUGAAGAAAGUUAGUCUCAGCAUUUGUAUUGAUUGUUGUUUCAAUAUGUAAAACAGAGUGUUGAGUUUUUAAUCCAUAUGUUUUUGAAGUGAAAUAAAUAAAUUCUAAAAAUCUA